AUGGACGGAGCAACUAUUCAUGCGCUGUAUGGAACGGCCGACAACUCGGGCGAGCCGCAGCCCUUGGUGAACAAGCCCUCUACUAUUCUGGGCGUUGUCAUCGCUUUUGCGAUUGUCUCAUGGAUGUGCGUCGCCUUCCGGAUGUACGUGCGGGCCAAAUUGGUCCAGUCAUUAGGGUGGGAUGAUUGCUUCGUGAUAUUGUCGCUGUUAACCACAACGACUGGAUCCGUGGGAAUCUGCGUUGCUACCAAGUAUGGAAUGGGAAGACAUAUCUAUACCCUCUCUGCGAUAGAGAUUCAGAACUACCUCCGAACUUUCUAUGUCGCAAACGCAUCCUACCAAAUGUCAACCGCCUUUAUCAAAAUCUCUCUCCUAUUUCAGUACCUCCGAAUAUUCGACCGACCAUCCUUCAUACGAUCGCUCUGCAUCUACCUGAUUGUCUUCAUCAGCCUAUGGGCCACCGCCUACUCGUUCUUGGGAUGGGUCCCCUGCGUGCCGGUUGCGGCUUACUGGAACUGGCUCAUCCCGGCCAAGCGCUGGGCUUACGGCUCGCUCAACUCCGACAUUUUCUCGGGGACGUACGAGAGCCAUUCUUCAGUCAACUUCGUACUGGAUGUUCUUGUCCUCGCCAUUCCGGUUCCCCUCUACUUCAGACCUCAGCAGUCGCUUAAGUCAAAGUUGAGACUGCUUGCGCUGCUGGUCAUUGGCAUUGCAGUCAACGGCGUCUCUGUCGUCCGAGUAUACUCUAUCAUCCAGCAUCGAUCCGCCACGCGCCCCACCCUGGACCCCAUGUGGUACGGCCCCCUCAGCAUCGUUCUAUCCGCCGUCGAAGUCGACCUGGCCAUGAUAGCCAGCAGCGUCCCGAUAUUCUGGCCCGUAUUGCGGCAGCGAUUCCCCGGUAUCUUCGUCACCAAGGAGGUUGAGGUUACGAGGGAGGUCCGGAGACUGGAGAGCGUGGAGCUCGAGGACGACAUGGAGAUGGAGCCGGAUCGGCGGUCGCGGGUCGGCAGCGAAGCGAGUCUUCGGCAAGAGAAUGUAAAUCAAGGAGGAGGGGCGGGCGGGCGAUACAUGGACGAAUUCAUCGCGAACCAGGUUGACCCACUGAGGAAGGCCAAAAGUACAGUCACAGAGGUCAAGGCCGGUGAGGAGGUUCAGGGGAGCUGGUGGCAGAAGGGUCGGUUUGGGUGA